AUGGAGGCAACAGCUCUUGCUGGAGUACCUCUCUUACUAUUAAUCUGUUACUUCAUCAAACGGGCUACAGCAGGUUCUGCUCGCAGGCCACCGGAAGCCGCCGGUGCCUGGCCUUUGAUCGGCCACCUUCACUUCUUUGGUCGCUCCGGUCAGCCUCUUUACGAAACCCUGGGAGGUUUCGCAGACAAGUAUGGCCCAAUAUUCAGCAUGCGUAUCGGUGUGCAUCACGCUGUAGUGGUGAGCUCGUGGGAGUUGGCGAAGGAGUGUUUCACCACUCUCGACGUGGUUGUUUCCUCUCGUCCCAAAUACACCGCUGCAAAAAUCUUGACAUACGACUAUGCUAGUUUUGCGUUCUCCCCUUACGGAGAUUUCUGGCGCGACAUGCAUAAGAUUACGGUUUCGGAGCUACUUUCUACUCGACGUGCCGAGCUGCUUCGAGAAAUUAGAGAUUCGGAGGUGCAGAGCUCGUUGAAAGAACUAUACAGAACGUGGGUGGAGAAAAGAGGUGAUUCGUUGGUGGAGAUGAAGCAGUGGUUCGGGAAAAUAAAUCUGAACGUGAUUCUGAGGAUGGUUGGGGGAAAGCGAUACUGCGUAGGGAGUGGAGAUGAGGAACGGGCGAGGCGGGUUCGGGGGGUACUAAGAAAGUUCUUUGAUUUGCUGGGGGUGGUUGUGAUUGGGGAUGCGAUUCCGUUUCUUGGGUGGCUUGAUUUGGGAGGUAAAAUGAAGGAGAUGAAAAAAACGGCUGUAGAAAUAGAUAGUUUCGUUUCUGAAUGGUUAGAAGAACAUCGCCAACAAAGAGACUCAGAUGAGAAGAAAAGAGAGGAAGACUUCAUUGAUGUGUUGGAGUCUGCUAUUGACGGGGUCGACCUUGCUGGUUAUGAUGCCAACACUGUCAUUAAAGCCACAUGCUUGACGUUAAUUGCUGCAGGAACGGAUACUAUAACAAUAACUCUGACUUGGGCACUAUCGUUAUUGUUGAAUAAUCGUGAUGCCUUGAAGAAAGCUCAAGAUGAAUUAGAUGUGCAUGUGGGCAAGGAAAAACUGGUGAAUGAAUCUGACAUAAACAAAUUAGUUUACCUUCAAGCUGUGGUUAAAGAGUCAAUGAGAUUGUAUGCAGCUGCACCACUUCCAAGUCCGCGUGAAUUCACAAGCGAUUGUACCUUAGGUGGCUACCAAAUCCAAGCGGGUACCAGAUUUAUUUUGAACAUUUGGAAGAUGCAAAGAGACCCGCGUGUGUGGCCAAAUCCAUUGGAGUUUCAACCAGAAAGGUUCCUCACCACCCACAAGGAUGUGGAUGUGAAGGGUCAACAUUUUGAGCUACUUCCCUUUGGCGGUGGAAGAAGGUCGUGUCCUGGAAUGUCAGUCGGCCUUCAAAUGACACACUUGGCUUUAGCAGCUUUUUUGCAAGCAUUUAAAGUCACAACCUUGAACAAUGAAAAAGUUGACAUGAGUGCCGUAUUUGGACUCACACUCAUCAAAGCCACCCCACUUGAGGUUCUAAUCGAACCUCGUUUACCAUAUCAGCUUCUGGUUAGUGAUGAAACUAAGGAAAAUCCACUGCCUUAA